GGGUGACAAUAUCUCUCAAGAGUACCGUGAAUAUGCCAGUGUAGAAACCCGGGAAAAAAGACUUCGACAAUGAAUUAUGACAUUUUUACGAUACCUUCGGUAUCAGAGCAAUCCAUUACUCGAUUUUAGAGCACUCAGUAGUACAUGGCAAGCAGGAGCUCCUAACACAAAAUUCGGCUUGCUUUAUUUCCCAAUUAUAGUGGGUUGUUGCCUAACUGACGAAAAAUCAUAAUAUGGUAGGUAGGUUCUGCAUGCCCGUGACGCAAAUCUGGCAACACAGCUUCGUCGUCUCGUUUCGAUGUCUGAGGCGUUUCAGUAGUUUACUCGUAAACGGAACGACUUACGUUUCUUUAUUGUUUAAAUGUAUCUUAUUUUGACAGCUACUCUGUAGUCUUUCUUCUUCUUUUACAAGCUGAUUGUUUAUCGGAAGAACUUCAUUUCCGCGUGAUUUGAUGUGUUGUUAUGGCAACAGAGUCACCUCCUGCGUAGCAUUCAAACAGCUGCAGCUAGUCCAGAGUUGUUUUCCGUUUCGCACAUUGUAGACGACCCGGAGUUACACGGCUAUUAUCGAAGUCAUGGCUCAAUAUAGAGCCUCUGAGUCGAAGCGGGAGCAAUUUAGAAGGUACCUCGAAAAAUCUGGAGUCCUCGACACCUUAACAAGCGUUUUAGUUGCUCUUUAUGAGGAGCCUGAGAAACCUAACAAUGCACUGGAUUUCAUAAAGCUUCAUCUCGGGGCAGCUGGUCCAGAGCCAGCAGACACGGAGGCUCUUCGUACGGAGCUGGCUGAUCUACAACAGAAGUGCAGCGAGCUCAUGGAGGAGAACAAAGAGCUGAGGAGCAGGCUGAUGCAGUAUGAACCAUCGCCUGAUGGGGAAGCAGCAGAGUAGAGGUUUUCUUUGCUUUUGUGGAGGGAUAAAAAGAAAAAUGUUACUAUAGUCUUGUUUGUAGAGUAUGUAAAUGUUUAUUAAACAAUGGAUGUACAGUGAAUGCAAACUCACUGUUAUUUUUUUGUUGUAUAACAAGAAGCUUUCUAAAUUAAAAAUGACAUUUCAGCAUCAGCCUUUCUCUGUCCUGAAGGUCCUUGAUUUUGCUGAUGGAAAUUCAUUUGUUAUUAAAGCUUCAUCAUGGAUGAAUUCAGACGCUG